AUGCACGCGGCAGCGGUGAUAGGAGCGCUGGCUGCCGCGCAUAUCAGCGGCUUGCAGCAACCCUUCCGUGGAUCACCACCCCGUGCGAUCUCGAGGCGGCCACGUGCCAGCGUGCGGGCAUCUAAGGCUCUCCCGGGGCCAUUCGAGCUGCCAGGGUUGGGUGCGCCCGACUUCCUCUUCCGUUAUUCGAUGGGUGGCGAGCCCCUCGGGAGUGUGCUGCUCGACUACCGCGAGCAGUUCGGUGACAUCUUCACCAUCAAGACCGGCCCCAUACGGCAGGUUUGGGUGGUCAGUGAGGCGAUGGUGGAUGAGAUGUACUCAUUGCCUGCCUGCUCGGGCCGAUCCCAGCUGCCCGCCGGAAAGACCCCGUUUGGCGAUAAGUUCCUCUUCUUGAAGCGCGACCCCGUGGCCGCUCAGCCUAUUCGAAAGGAACAGCAGAGGUGGCUCUCUGAAAAUGCUGGCGGCAAGGAUGUUCGCGCUGCAGUGGCUUCAAUGGAGCCUGAGCUAUUCGCCGCCAUCGAGGCUGCAGUGGCCGCAGGAGCUUCCGAGGGAGCAAAUGGCGCAGUGUGGCCUGCCGGACCGGUGGGUGCUUGCAUGCUGGGUGCACUGCUCGGCGUCUUUGGCGGAACCAAUCUUGAUGGCUCUCUCUCGCUUGCGGAGCGCUCCGAGCUCCUCUCGUCGCUUGCGGGUUACCGCAAGCGGGCAAAUGCCCCACCCAACCCGUUCGCCACGAAGCUUGACUAUGCGCAGCGUGUGCGCGAGCUCUUGCUCGACGCGCUCCGUCGCACGGGGCGAAGCGACGCUGAGUGUGAAGAGGUCCUCCCGUUGCUUGUCUCCGCCUGCGUUGGUGGUGGCGAGAUCUUCCCCCUUCUGAUGCAAUGGACCGUCCGGCGGUUGGCCCUCGAUCCCGCUGCCCAGGCUGAGAUCCGCUCCGAACUCGAGAGCUCCUCGAAGCCGUACGGCUCGAGCCUGCCACGGAUGCUUGCAGCUGUGAUGCGCCAGUGUCCCUAUUCCCUCGCAAUCGGCCCCCCGCGAAAGGCUCUCGCAGACUUCGAGUACCGUGGCAUGACCGUUCCCGAGGGCUCUCUGGUUUUUGCCAUGCACCCUGGCGUGCCUCGGUCUGGGCCCCUGCCAUCCUUGUCCAAGGCUGCGAGGGAUGCGCAGGGGGAGAGUCGCGCGCUGCGCAUGUUCGGGGUGGGCUCCCGCGGAUGCACCGCCGCGGAGACAUCCCUUGCCUUCCUCUGCUCCGCGCUCGCUGCCAUCUUCCGCAGAUACGAGGUGACCGUCACGGACGCCGUGGACGAGGAGGAGCUGCUCCGCUAUCGAUCGGACGGCAGCUUGCUUGUGCCGGAUGUGGACGUCCGCCUCAUGUUUACGUGCGUGUGA